AUGGCAGGUAAAGAAGACUCAAGGGUUACAGUGGAUUACACUUGUGACAAUCCCCUUUUCGCCCUUUCUCCAUUAGAUGGACGAUAUAAGCGUAAUACUACUUCACUACGCGGUUACUUUUCUGAGUAUGCUUUCUUCAAGUAUCGUGUGCGUGUCGAAGUAGAGUACCUUGUAGCACUCUGUAAGGAGGUACCGGCAAUAAUCCCUCUCCGUGAUGUCAGUGAUGCUCAGUUGCAGCAACUCCGAGAACUCGCAGUGAACCAGUUUUCCCUUGCUGAUGCGGAGGAAAUUAAGAAGACUGAGCGUGUGACAAAUCACGAUAUCAAGGCGGUGGAGUAUUUUUUGAAAGAGCGCAUGAACAGCUGUGGUCUAGGGCACUUGUCUGAAUUUGUGCACUUUGGCCUUACUUCACAGGACAUCAACAACACCGCAAUUCCAAUGAUGCUUCGAGAUGCAAUGACAUCAGUAUACCUUCCAGGUCUUGAUGGCGUUAUUUCUGCACUGGAAAACAAACUCAGCGAGUGGGAUGUACCGAUGCUCGCACGCACACACGGUCAACCGGCAUCACCGACGAAUCUGGCGAAGGAGUUUUUGGUGUGGAUUGAGCGACUGAAGGAGCAACGUCGUCAUAUUGUUGAAAUCCCUACCACAGGCAAGUUUGGCGGCGCAACUGGAAACUUCAACGCACACCUUGUGGCAUACCCAUCAGUGGAUUGGCGUGCUUUCGGGGAUUUGUUUCUUUCUAAGUAUUUGGGACUUAAAAGACAAAAGUAUACAACACAGAUUGAACAUUAUGAUAAUUUGGCUGCCUUGUGUGACGCUUGUGCACGGGUUCAUGUUAUCCUUAUUGAUCUUUGUCGAGACGUCUGGCAGUACAUCUCAAUGGGGUUCUUUCAUCAGCGUGUAAAAGCGGGAGAAGUUGGUAGCAGUGCAAUGCCGCACAAAGUGAAUCCAAUUGACUUUGAAAAUGCAGAAGGAAAUUUAUUUUUGGCUAAUGCUAUGUUAAGCUUAUUUUCAUCUAAAUUACCUAUAUCACGCCUUCAGCGUGAUUUAACCGAUAGCACCGUACUUCGCAAUUUGGGUGUACCAGUUGGACACGCUUGUAUCGCCUUUUCUUCUAUUUUACGGGGUCUUGAUAAGUUAUUGGUGAGCCGUGCGACAAUUGAGAAGGACCUCUCCAAUAAUUGGGCAGUGGUGGCAGAAGGUAUUCAAACUAUUCUUCGCCGCGAAUGUUACCCAAAGCCAUACGAAGCUCUAAAGGAUUUGACGCGUGGUAAUCAAGAUGUGACAGAAGAGACAGUACAUAAAUUUAUUAUGGGUCUUACUGGUAUCUCAGAGGAUGUGCGGCGUGAACUGCUAUCCAUUACACCUUUCACUUAUGUGGGGUACGUCCGCCCGCACAUGUAA